GGAACUAUGCGGGUACCGUUACUCCCCUCAACUACUACUACUACUACUUCUUGGGGUAUCCUAAAGAAGUGCACCGCUCAACUUAUAAAACAGUACGACAUCAACCAUCAGAUACUUCACAUCGAAGUGUAUAACAAAAAAAGUGAACACGAUCCGUUAAUUUCCAAGAAAUACUUUUAAAGAACACCUCUUCUUUAUUUGGUGGUUUUAAUUUUUGUGAAAAAGUGAUUUUAACUUUUUUAUGAGUUAAAUAAUAAUGAAGUUCUUUACGAUAUUUAUUUUUAUAUUAAUAUCUUCAAACCAUCUUAACGCGGAGGAAAAUCAAAGAGGAAAAGAAUCAGAUGAACCACCAGAAGGUUAUUACGCGUUUAUUGAAUCACCAAAUGCUGAACCGCCGCGGGUUCGACCUCCCCCUUAUUCAUUUUCAGCUGUAAAUUGUCGAGAAGAAAUCGAAAAAGUUCCUAAUAAUGCCCCCUUUAAUCUUUGCGGCGAUUUAAAUAAAGGAUCAAUACCGAAAAAUCCGAUGGGACAAAAUGUUAUGGGAUCACCUUACCCAUUCGAUUUAAUUAAAAAUAUGACUCUAAAAUAUUUAAGUAGAACUCUUCCCAUUUUAAAAGCGGAUCAAACUUUACCGAAAGUAGCCCAAUUACAAGAUGACGGAAUUAACGAAAACACGAUUGGUACUUAUAGCAAAGCUAAUGAUCGUAUUAGAAGGGACGUAAAGGAAAAUGAAGAAAAGCAUAAAGAUGAAAUGAAAAAAGGCGAAGAAGAUUUAAAAAUAAAAACAAGAAAAAGCAGAAAAUUUUGCGACCAAGGCGGUGUUUGGUGUAUGUUGUACAAAGCGAUAAAUGGUGAUCCAAAUUCCCAGCCAACAUCAUCGUCUCAAAUGCCAAUUGAAAGACGAGAUGAUGUUCCAACGAGAUAUGAAGGACCACCAACUCCUUGUCCUGCUAAAGUUGAAUAUGCUACCCCAGUUUUUGCGAAGAAUUAUCAAGGAAUUUGGAGAUAUGUUGUACAAAUUCCUUAUGAAGGUUACUUUACUCAAACUGUAGAAGUAACUAGAUGCCUACAAUCAAGAUGUCACUACUUAGACGGUGGAUGCUUAUCUUCACCGAGAUGGUCCAGUUUAUUAGUUGCCGAAAUUUAUUAUCCAGAUACCGUUUUAUCAAGUUCCGAUUUGGGAAAUCCUCAAAGAUCACCCGUUAGUGCUUCGCAACCUCCAUCUGUACAAGAUUUCCAAAAUUAUCAACAAUAUCUACAUAAAAGAGCAGGGCUUCAAGCGGCACCUGUGGAUGCAACAACACAAAAACCGAUGCAUUGCGAUGGAAUUGAUAAUUUGGGUUGUUUCCAAGUGCGAUUAUUUUACGACUGGUUCUUAAUUCCGGGAUCGUGCAAGUGUUGGAGGCCAGAUUAUUUCAAUAAAUAUGUGCGUAGGAAAAACGUUUCGCCAGAUCUUUAAUGUGAAUGUGUAAGAAAAAACAAAGCUUGUUGAAUAAUGAGUAUGUAAUUAUUUUUUUAAUAGGAAGACUGUACUUACCAUUAUUUUUUUUUUUAUAAAUAAUAAUUUAAUUACAAAAUUUGUGGAUUAUUAAACAUCAUAAUUUAUUGUACGAUUUAGAUUAAUACUGGAAAUUUAUGUUAUUAUUAUGGAAGUUAAAAAGUAGUUUGUUUAAACAACACAAUUUAAGGUAAAAAAUAUAAAAAUUUUUAAAUUGUGUUGUUUGAUCAUUAUUUUUGGGAAUAUUAAUAAAUGUUAAUUUUAAGGUAAAUAAAAAAAAUAGGAUGAUUGUGUUAAUAU